AUGACUUACAUCGUGUCGGUGACACAUUUCUGCGAGGUACAUGGGCCUUCAAUGAUAAUGUGCACACAGGCGGUGAACAAUCCAGAUACACUGUCCGACUACUAUUCUCCCCAGUUACCCGAGGCACAGUUCUGCCAGUCUUGUAUUUUUCAGAUACCCAACCCCGGCAAAAAUGCUGACGACGUUUCACCUUCUUCAUCGGUUACUGAUCUGGGGAAAACUCCCCCAUCAGAAGGUAGUGGAAGUUUAAUAAAUGAGCCAGAGUUUGAAUCUUCUAGAACAACAUUGACUUUAGAAGACCAAAUUUCUAGUCUUCUCAACUCUACUAAUGAUUCAAAGAGACAGAAAAGACGUCCAGUGACAUUGAAGACACAGUCAUCCCGCAAUCCUAAUACUUUCUUUGUAUCUACACAAUUCCCUACAAAUACGGAUGUUUAUUCAUCCUUGAGACAGAUCAUCGUUAAACUUUUCACUGCAGAGACAAAUGCAGAUUCUACCAAGCCAGUUGUUUUCGGGAACUCAAAACAUGGUUAUUCAGUGGCACUUACUUUUUCAUUGGUUGAUAAAACUGCUAGAGGUUCAGAGCGUAAAUAUGCGAUAAUAGUAACUUCUAAUUGGGAAAUCGAUCUAUUUUCAAACUAUACGUUUAUUUUGACAAAUCUCAACCAGAUGGUUCGACGUAUUCUAAUAACCGGACAACAGAUUCAAGCCAAGGCAGCUGCACCUAUAGAGGCAAUAUCUAAUAAUGAUUUUUAUUUGAGAAGAUCGGCCGGACUGCCAAAAGCUAAAAGCAUGACCGAAAUUUUACAAGAUGAUAAACUCUUUCUUAAACUGCACAUGUGGGCUUCUUUGAUGCUUGAUGCUCUAGAAGAUACUAAACAUGUUUGA